AUGGGGCAAAGUCCAAGUGGGAGAGAAGAUGCUGGUGAUGACAUUCAAAACUUUUGGCAAACCGACCCCAACAGCACCGAAUUGUCAUCUCCCGAACUGAAACAAAAGAAAAACUUUCUUCUCAAAUUAUUUAAAAUUCAUCCCGAUCAAUUGUUGAACGGACAUGUGAACACUCCACUCUCACCCACAACAACAGCCACUCUCAAAACCUUUACAAGUAGUUUGGAUCCCAAUCAAUUAAAUAUGGUUCAAUCGGCAUCCAUGAUGGCAUCACGAUCAGCUCUUUCUAAUAUCAUUGGAAAUUAUACUAUGGACGAUGAAGAAGAUUUGACAUCAGUUGGCUCAUUUGUGAGAAAAUCGGAAAAAGCAAGCGAACCACUCGUCAUGAGAAACGUCAAGGACUUUAAAAAAUUUAAACAUUUCAAUAGGAUUACAUGUUUGAAAGUGAAUAGAGAUCGAGUGUGGACUGCUUCAUUGGAUAAAACAAUUUGUUGUUGGGAUCGAGAGACUGGAGAUUGCAUCAAGCUAUUUCAGGGACAUUCCAAAGCUGUCACAUGUUUUCAUAUUGACAACAAAAAUGGCUUACUGUAUAGUGGCUCGUAUGAUCGAUCAGUUAAAGUGUGGGACAUUGAAACACAAAAUUGUGUUCAAACCUUUGAUUCUAACGAGAAUUGGAUUUGUUGUCUUGCUGUUGGAAAUGGUUAUUUGUUUUGUUCUGGUUAUGAUUGUGCCAUUUCUGUCUAUGAUGUGAAAACUGGAAAGAAACUUGCCAAAAUGAUUGGACAUUUCAAAAAGGUGGAAGACAUGAUUUUUAAUCACUCUGAGGGAAUACUAUACACCACUGGUGCAGAUUGUACGGUGCGAGCAUGGGAUGUAUCUUCUCUGACCUGUGUCAAAGUUCACCUUUGCAGAGAGUAUUGUCACUAUUUUGCACAAUAUGGAAAUUGUAUCUAUGUGAGCCAACCUCAAAACAUUUAUUCAUUCAACGUGGAGUCCAACAAAUCGAAUCCACUGCUGGUUGGAAUUUCCAAUUUUUGCAUCAUGACAGAAGAGAAUGCCGAGGAUGGAUCCUAUUUAGCUGGGUGGAAUAAGGAAAAGAGACAAUUCGAAAUUUAUGAUUUGAAUGAGCUAACUCUGUUGCAUACUCUUCCUCAAGAUAAUAUUCUGGAUGCAACCAACUUGUACGGAGAUUUAUCUUGCAAUCGACUCUACUUUACAUCAGGGUGUUUUGUAAAAUUUAUUGAUGUUUCAGUUAUCUACAAUGCAAAGAAUAGCAUUUCUUCACUGAACAAACCUGUAUAUAUGCAAUAUGAGGAAUUAUUUAAUUAUUUUGUGGAAGUUCUAUUUUAUCCUGUAAAUAAGGUGGCAGAUGCCAUCGAACAAUUAGAUUCCACACAACCUUUGAGCGAAUGUAAAAAUUUAGAUGACCAAAUUGAACGACUUUCUACCUACUUUAAACAACAAGUGGAGAAGGCAUCCAACGAGAGCUCUGCUUCACUCAUUUCACUACAACACUCAUUUCACAACACAAGUCAUCACUCGCUGCAACAAGACGACGUAUACUACAUUUCAAAAGGGGCAGCUCAAUCAUAUGAAUCUUCAGGAAGUAUCAUGACUCCCAACAACGACAAGGUAACAAAUGAUCAUGACUUUUUCAUACCAUUUCAACGCAACAACAAUUCUAUUUGUUUUGAACUCGCCGUAGUACCCCAAAACGUUAUGAGUAUUGCUGAGCGAAUGAAAGCAAUUGCCAGCUUGUGUCUUGAUGGAUGUAACAACACCAAUUCAAGCAAUAAUAAUUUCUCAAUUCCAUCAGUGAUCUAUACAGACAGUGAGCGAGAACUGGACUAUGAAACACGAAAAGAAUUAUUCUAUCACAAGUUACGGCAAUUGAAAGGAGAGGGCCUGCUGCAACCAACUGUCGUGUUUGUGCGGAGAGAACAGCUUGUUUAUGAUGCUUGCAAAAAUUUCUCCAUUCUCAAAGGCGUUGAUUUGAUGAAACCAAUGUUUGUUUAUUUUGCUGGAGAGCAAGGUUUCGAUGUGGGAGGAGUUACAAGAGAAUUCUAUCAUUUGUUGUCACACAAAAUUCUAGAUCCUAAUAAUGCCUUAUUUGUGAGAACUGGGCAUGCUAACACUUAUCAUCCAAACCCUACUUCAGCUGUCAAUGCUGAUCAUUUACAAUAUUUUCAUUUCAUUGGUAAGCUCGUAGGAAAGGCACUCUCUGAUAACAAAAUAAUGGAUACUCACUUUUCCAAAGUAAUUUUUAAACUUAUUGUUGGAAGACCUGUGACAUUUGAAGAUUUGGAAGCCGUAGAACCCACCAUGUACCUAUCUCUCAAAAAGAUGUUGCUCUUGGACAAUAUCGACAGUAUUAUGGAAAUGACCUUUACUGCAGAUUUGAACGAUUUUGGUGAAAACAAUGUCUAUGAAUUGUGUGAAAAUGGAGAAGAAAUUGAUGUGAAUGAUGACAACAAGUAUGAAUUUGUUGAAGCUUACGCUAAAUGGAAAUUAGUGGAAUCGGUACGACCGCAAGUCGAGAAGCUGCUCGAAGGAAUUUACGAAGUUAUUCCUCCCGAAUAUCUUACCAUUUUCAAUGAAAGCGAAUUGGAAUUAUUACUUUGUGGAAGUACAGAAUUUUCCAUCUCUGAAUGGCGACAACAUACAUUCUACGAGGGUGGAUUUGAAGAACAUCAUCCUACCGUACAAUUCUUUUGGAAAAUGCUCGAACAAGAAUUUUCACACAUUCAACAAGCUCAGUUAUUACAAUUCGCGACAGGAACGUCCUGUUUGCCAUGUGAAGGAUUUUCUGGACUCUCUCCACCCUUUACAUUGUGUUUAUUGAGGCAUCACGUUUCAACAGAAUAUUUACCAGUGGCUCACACUUGUUUAAAUCGAAUUGAUAUUCCACCAUAUGAAACUCUUGAAAAGAUGACUGAAAGAUUCAAGAAGGCAUUGAGAUAUGGCGGUUCACAAGGAUUUUCCAUGCAUUGA